AUGUUUGCCAUCAUUCUAAAUGUGAUCCUUUGGGUCCCACAGGUGCAGGGGGUGUGGGCCUGCGUACGCUCCUGCCCUCCCAGCUGCGUGUGCACCCCGGAGAGGAGCUGCUCUGUGCUCUGUGACCGGGCCGGGCUGGGGCAGAUCCCCAGCCAGUUCCCCUGCGAGGCCUCUUCCAUCAACCUGGAUAAAAACAGCAUCAAGUUCCUGUCUGAGAGGGCCUUCGGGACGCUGCCUUCCCUCAGGUCCCUGUCGCUCAACCACAACAACAUCUCCUUCAUCACGCCGGGGGCGUUCAAGGGGCUGCCCAGCCUGACGGAGCUGAAGAUGGCCCACAACGAGUACAUUCGCUAUCUCCACACGCGCACCUUCACCGCGCUCCGGCGCCUCGUCAGGCUGGACCUGGCCGACUGCAACCUCUUCAACAUCCCAGACAGGAUCUUCAUCGAGCUGCCUGCUCUGCAGGAGCUGUUCUGCUUCCAGAACAACUUCCGAAGGAUCCCAGGCGCCAUCAGGGGCAUGGAGAACUUGACCCAUGUGUACCUGGAGAGAAACAGGAUCGAAGCGGUGGCUUAUAACUCCCUGCAGGGCCUGACCAAGCUGAAAUACCUGAAUCUGCAGGACAACAAGAUAAAUGUCAUCCACGAGCGAGCUUUUCAGGGCUGUCAGAGGAUGGAGUACCUGUACCUCAAUGACAACUUGAUCAGCGAGCUUCCAGAAAACUCCUUUGAUGGCCUGAGGCGCCUGAAGAUGCUCAACCUGGGGGGGAAUUUUCUCAGGAACAUUUCCAACACCUGGUUCCGGGACUUGGGGGAGCUGGAGUUCCUCUACCUGGACCGCAACCGGAUCAGCUACAUCGAGGAAGGAGCUUUUGAGAACCUCACCAGCCUGGUGGCUCUGCACUUGAACAGCAACAACCUGACGACGCUGCCCUUCUCCGUGUUCGAGCCCGUGUACUUCCUGGGGCGCCUGUACCUCUUCCGCAACCCCUGGGAGUGCGACUGCCGCCUCGAGUGGCUCAAGGAGUGGAUGGAGAACUACAGACUCGUCAGGGAUAUUCCGUGUGCCUCCCCCUCCUCCGUGGCUGGGAUCGACCUGACGGACGUGCUCUUUGAGAGAUCUCCCGAAGGUUACUGUCUCGACCCGGUGGAGCUGAAUGUCACGUCCGAGGGGCCGACCCAGAGCCAGGAGCCUUGGUCUACCACAGAGAGCAAGUUCAACAGCCUUAUCUCCAAACUCUUGCUCCAGAUGGGCCUUCCUGAGGAGGUGGCAAACGCCACUGAAGUGUACAGUAACAGCACGCGGCCGGACGGACAGACCGAAGGGGUUUCUUCCGGCAUGGGGGAAGGCAGAACCGAGGCUGACUCCUCUUCCUUGUACUUCCCAGCACUUUUUACAGUGGCUGUUCUGCUGUGCAAAUAGUCCAA